CUUGCUUUCGUCUCAGUCCAAUCAGGUACCUUCAACUCGUUGGAAAGAUUUAUCCUUACACUUCAGAGGACAUACACACUGCUCACAACAAAUUUCAAGAACGGCAGAGCAAGAGAGAACAAAGCCAGCACUCCACAUAUCGUUUGUUCUUUUUUUGUUUUUUUCUCGUUCCUGAAGAUUUUGCAUAUAUACAAGAAGGGAUUAAACACAGAGUCUUGUGUAGUAAAUCCGUGAGAUUAUAGUUUGGCAAAGGAACAUCGUUUAAGAGACAAGCACAAAAAGCUUUCCAUUCCGGAUCUACAGAAGGACAGCUAAGGAGAGAUCAGGAGACGAAAGGACACGCGUAACUCGAGGCAAAGAAGGAAAGAAGAGAGAGCGGUUGGGCGUGCGAUCAGCAGUGGAACCACUUGACAACCGCAAGAUUUUUGAACUGCUGCUAGCCGUGAGUCUUUCAUUACUGGAAUGAGCAUUCCUAAAACAAGUGGCUACAACGAGAUCACGAUGAACUCUCACGAGGUUAAGAUCGUGAAGAAGAGAUCAAAGGGAAGAACUUUCCAAUGCACUGGCUACCCAGGUUGCAACAUGACAUUUACAAGAUCAGAGCACUUAGCGUGUCAUAUCAGGAAGCAUACAGGUGAGAGACCGUUUGAAUGUGUCCACUGCUCGCGGAAGUUCUCCAGGUUGGAUAACUUGAGACAGCAUAAACAGACUGUACAUGUUAAUGAAUCUACUAUUGACCAUCUGGAUAUGGUUAACAAUGGUAACACCAAUUCUAUAACGCAGAGCGGUAAUGUGAACAUGAACAACGACCAGAGGAACAAGAUCAGAAGCAAUAGCAACACCACUGACAACGUCAACAUGAACAAACCACUGCCGCCAUUACCUCAGCAGGUACGGCAACAUUAUACCACUGAUAUCUUGACCCAAAACGGUGAGGAUUUGGAGGCUGCAAAGACGUUAUUGAGACCCACCCAAUUUCAUCCAAAGCACAGACCACGUCCUAUUGAUCUCCCAUCUAGAAAGGCAGUGUACAACGAUACUGGUCCUUAUACAGUACCUACGCCGAAUUCUGAAAACUCUGGAUAUUUAGCAACGUCACCAACGAGCGCUAGCUUCACUCAAUCACAAUACCCAUCAACUGCAUUGCCAAGUAUACAUUUUCUCUCAAGCACUGGUGCUAAGGAUAUUCUAUCUUCACCGUACAAUUCAUCGUUUGCACUCAGUGGACAAUCAGAGACAAGCACCCCAUUGUCUUCUCAUUAUGAUACUUUACGGACGCCGAAUUCGUUCCAAUUUAACACAUCGGUAUCGUCGUCUUCAAGUGGAUAUAAUCAGCAACAUCAACAACAGAUGUCGUUUCAACCUUUACAACCGAUCUUGCCAACACCUCAGCAACUACAUCACCAGCAGAAUGCUGAUCGUAAAUCAUGGCUGAGCAACGUGUUGAAUUCCAAUGGUGAUACCACAAGACCGGAGUAUAGUUCACUACAGUCGUUGUCGUCAUCGUCAUCUUCAUCUUCAUCAGCAUCAUCUACGCUUCUCAUCACCAAUAACAUUGGUUCUACGAGUCCAUUGCAUGUGAGGACGUUAUCCACGCCAACAACCACGCAUGAAUUAGAAAAGAAGGUCCGUAUAGAAUCUUUACUGAACAACGAGGAGCGAAGAAUAGCACUGCCCCAUGUCGAUGCUCUUGGUAUAAACGUAUCUUCAAAGAUCAAAUGAGGUUUUGACUGGCUGCUGAAGAACUAUACCCCUCAGAAACAGUACCUUGAAAUCAAAAGAAAAAAAGCAUAGAUGGAAAAAGUCCAUGAAUGGUCUCUCUAAAUGUUUUAUACUGAGUUCAGAUAUAUAUACAGAUGUGUA